UUGGCUCGAGGACACCGAACCCGACUAUCGGUCAGCAAUAGCAGUCCGGUCACACAGGCGGAAACAUGCAGUCCACUGCGGUGCUCUUUUUUUUAACUGCGGGCUGUGUCUGUGGAAAAGCUGCAGCUGAAAGGGAACUUGUAUAUGUGACUGUGCUGUUUCGGCACGGUGACAGGUCACCGGUCAAACCAGUUCCCACAGACCCACACCAAGAGAGCGACUGGCCUCAAGGCUUUGGGCAGCUAUCACAGGAGGGGAUGAGGCAGCACUUUGAGCUGGGCCAGUAUCUGCGGAAGCGAUACAAAGGAUUCCUUAAUGACACCUAUAAAAGACAAGAGAUCUUAGUUCGCAGUACAGACGUCGAUCGCACCCUGAUGAGUGCUGAGGCCAACCUCGCAGGUCUCUACCCCCCCACUGAUCAGCAGGUCUUCCAUCCAAACUUGAAGUGGCAGCCCAUACCUGUACACACCGUGCCACAAAGUGAAGAGAGGCUUCUCUCUUUUCCUCUUGGAAACUGUCCUCGCUACAAACAGCUGAAGACUGAAACUGAACACACACCGGAAUUUAUUAAUGUCACCACUAAAUACAAGGAUAUUAUAGAGCUGAUGAGGAAUAAAACAGGACGGAAUGACAUCAAUGUGACAUCAGCCUGGGAAGUGUACGACACCCUCUUCUGUGAGUCGCGGCACAACAUGUCUGCUCCUCCCUGGGUGACUCCUGAUGUUAUGGAGAAGCUCAGAGAGCUGAAUGACUUUGGAUUGCAGUUCCUAUUCGGGUUCUACAAACAACAAGAAAAGAGCCGUCUGCAGGGAGGUGUUCUGUUGGGUGAAAUAGUGACGAAUCUUACCAAGAUGGCCGUCCCAGACCCAAAAUCGAGUCUGAAAAUGAUGAUGCUGUCAGCGCAUGACACCGCUUUAGCCGCUCUUCAGGCCAGCUUGAAUGUGUUCAAUGAAAAACAGCCGCCAUAUGCCUCCUGUCAAAUACUUGAGUUGUACAGGCAUGACAAUGGCUCUUUUUCGGUGUCAAUGUUUUACCGAAACGACACCACAGUGGAGCCCUACCCUCAGCAGUUACCAGGCUGCUCCCUUGACUGCCCCCUAGACGAGUUUGUGAGAAUUACAAAGCACUCUAUCUCAGAGGACUGGAACAAAGAGUGUAAUGGGCCCUCAAGAGGGAGAAAUGAAGACGUGAUCAUCAGUCUGUUGCUGUCCGACUGUGUGCUCCUCCUCCUCGUCGCCCUCCUCCUCGGCAUUAUUUGUUGGCAGGCAAAGCAAAACAGCAACCGGGAAUAUGUUAUGUAAGAAUAUCGUUCAUAGUGUUUUAUAUAUAUCAUUCUGUGUCUUUUAUAUAUUCAUCUGGAAACAUUAAGAAUGUAAUCUGUAUUCUAAACUCAUUGUGAACUCUGACUAAACUUCAUGUUUUGAUACAUUUGGUUAGUUUUGGUUUCCAUUAUGCGAGUGCACUUAAAGAACUUUACAUGGCAGACUUGCGUCCUGUCUUCAUCAUCUCUGUGGGUCUGCGUCUCCCUAUUGACAUUGAUUGGUUUGUAAACAGUUCCGUGGGUAGCUUUGACAAAUAAAUGAGACAUUAACAGAUGCAUAUCGUUGCCACUACAUUGUUAUUAUACCUUAUUAUAUAUAUUACUACCUUAGAUGGAAAGCUACAUUAGGAGCCUUACACCCAGUACCAGAGCCUGAUGUUUUUGAAGUGUGCCUUGUUUGCUGCUCUCUCUAAGUCUAGGUUAAACACAUAAGAAUGUGUGCACAUCCAAACCAACCUGUGUGUAAGUGAUGAAGCAAAGAAUGACCUGCGCACUGAGUAAUUAUAAAUCCAUCUAGGUGGUGUAAUUUAUUGUGACGUUACUGUAAAAUGUAAGAGCUGAUUGCACCUGUGGUAAAUAAGGGCAUCUAAACCUUCUCAGAGGACGCAGUAAAUGACACCUCCUACUUGGCUUCAAAAUUAUUCAGUGUGCAGAUAAUUAUUUUUUUCUCAAAAUAGAGUGUAACUUCUCAGUGAAUGUCACAUUUGUCUCUCUAAUAAAUGUCCAAAUAGAACCAG